AUGCCUUUCCAUUGCGAAAAUCCUGACUUCUUGGUACAUUCUGUGCCUGACGAUAAUACUUUCCCAGUGAAUCGCAAUGCAAUGGAGCGCAGCGAAAUAUUUCGCGACAUGUUUGCGCUUUGUGCACCUUGCUCAGACGCAUCUCCUGGCGCGGAAGAAAAUUUAGAUCUCCACGAAAAAGCGGGCAUACUAGAGGUUUUACUCCAGCUACUCCAUAACCCACCGCCCCCUCCAGUGGCCAUUUCCUUUGAUGAGAAAUUCACGACACGAUUACCAAAGGUUCGAUUUGAAUCCCAUACCGUCAUUCCGCUGCCACUGCUCUCAACGAUGUUCGAGCUUGCGGAUAAAUACGUCAUUGAUAGUCCGCUUGUGGAAUCCCUCAAGGUUCAUCUUGAGGCCCAUGCGCCGGCACAUCCUCUUCAAGUUUACAGUUUUGCAACGCUGCAUGACAUGGACAGGAUUGCGUCAGAAGCAAGCCAAUAUGUAACGCCAAUGGCAUCCUAUCGCCUCGAUGAAGUCAAGGUUAUCCCAAGUGUUCAGGCCUACCACAAGAUCGUACGACUGCAGGAUUUCCGAGUUAGGGCUCUUCGCGAGCUUCUUCUCGCAGAAGAAAUAUUUCCACAUGGUUACGGCGAAUGUACAUCUCACCGCGACAAAACGGUGGCGAGUUGGGAUAGGCAGCGUAAGGCGUUAGCCGGCAGGAUCGAGACUGGGACCGAUGUCGCAGGCGAGAUGGAUGCGCUGAGGGACGGCCUACGCGAUUGCGAAACUUGCUAUAAAGCCUGCACUGCGGCAGUUGAGAUGCUCGCGUAUAAAUGCAGAAAGGUGGCGAGAAGGCUGCACCAGCUUCCCGAAGGAUACUGA